CGACCGAAAGUGCAGUCUGUCGAGGUCAUGGCACUUGAAUCCCCCACCGCAACGGAACACGACAAGCUCAUGGGUGCUGACCGCGAGGUGACUCUUUUGCAGAAGCUGUACCAAGUGGACUUGGCCGGCGCCCGAGCCAUUUUCCAAACGUUUGAAGGAAACCGCAUUGCGUUCUACGUGCUUGAGUUUGUCUCGUUGACUGGAGAUGGCAUCUUGUGGAUCCUGACCGUGCUUCCUCUUCUCAUCGUGGCGUGGGUGUUUGGGUUCAUGAAGGCCAUCACCCCCGGCCAGAGCCUCUUUCUCGUCUUCUUUUACUUGUGCCAAUUGGUGGAUAUUGUGUUCAUCAUCAUCUUUAAGCUCGUGUUUCGCCGGGCCCGUCCGCCCCACCACAAGACGGACGCGCGCUUUGCCGGUCCUGAUCAGCACUCGUUUCCUUCUGGCCACGCCACACGCACAUUUUGCCUCGUGGGCUUGGUGUUCUACCUCGCUGCAUACUACCCCAAGGCCUUGCAUGACACUCUCGGGGCAUGGGCUGUGAAGGGAAUGCCAGUUGUGGCUGUGAUGUGGGCCAUUGCGAUCUGCUUUUGUCGAUUGGCACUGGGUCGCCACUACCCAUCAGACGUGCUCGCGGGGUCAAUCCUUGGGUUGUGCUUGGAAUUUCCCGUCGCGGCGGUGCUCAUCAAGUGCAUUGCCCCGAACUUGAUGAAAGGUGCGGUUGGUGUGUAAGCGAAGCGUUAGUACGAGGCAACCUCUAUUUUCCAUCGAGUCGAUUGCGAAGGCAUACGAGGUGGUUGGCCCGAGUGCCGACGUACACUGCGUCGCAAUGGAGCACGGGAGACGAAAACGCAUGGCCUCCAAGGGCCACCCUCGACUGCCACGUGGGUGACGUAGUGUCCCACACGUAAAACAUGCCUGUCGUUGUG